AUGCUCUGGCAUUGCUAUAUUACUGGCGGGUCCUCAGGGCUCGGCCUGGCACUAGCGAUCCGCCUUGUGAAGCUAGGUGCACAUGUAUCAAUUGUGGCGCGCAACAAAAAGCGACUUCAAGAAGCACUUGAAAAAAUGGAGAAAAUUAGACAGUCCCCGGACCAGACCCCCGCAUCCUACUCAUUCUCGGUUACAGAAUCACAAUCUUCUGCUGCUGCAUUGGACGCUGCAUCAGAACCACAUGGUGGAAGAUGUCCAGAUGCAAUAUUUCUUUGUGCUGGUGGUCCCGUUGAGGGCGCGAAACGAAUGGCCAAGGAGGACAUUCAGGGCAAGAUCAUAUUUAUCUCUUCAUUUUUGGGAUUUAUAUCCAUGGUCGGCUUCUCUUCAUAUGCCUCUGGAAAUUUUGCCUUGCGAGGAUUAGCAGAGACGUUGUGCUCUGAGUUUCUUCUCUAUGGAAUUACAGUUCACAUCUUCUUUCCGGGAAACAUGCUCACUCCAGGCCUCGAAGCUGAAAACAAAAUAAAACCUAAAAUUGUUCUUAAACUGGAAGAGACUGACAGUGGUCAGACGGCUGAACAUGCCGCGGAGGGGCUUCUUCAAGGUAUUUUCAGCGGCGACUUUCAUAUAACAAACGAGCUACUAGGAAAUAUCUUCCGUUCUUCAACAAGGGGAGCAACACCUCGCAAUGGCGUGAUUCUCGACGUAAUCUACAGUUUCUUCGGCUGGAUAGGACUUCCCAUCUGGCGUCGCAUCACGGAUUCAACUGUGAAAGGUCACCAAGAAGAUCAUCAUACAUACUUAAAGGAGACUGGGUUGGUGGUGGAGUUAAGCGACUAAAAGAUACGAAGAUGCCCGUCCUCGAUAAACUCUAGUACCA